AUGGAUAUCGACGAGCAGCAGCUUUUAAGUUUCCAACGAUACCUCUCUCAUGCCAAAAAAGUGCUGUGCAUUGUAGGUGCUGGUAUGUCUGCCAGUUCAGGUAUUCCGACUUAUCAAUGGCAGAAGGGCAUAUGGCGAGGGUAUACGUCGCUGGACUUGGCUACUCCAGAAGCCUUCCAAAACAACCCGGGUCUUGUGUGGCUUUUUUACUCCAGUAGAAGACUUGAGGCGCUUCGAGCUAGACCCAACAAUGCACACUUCGCAUUAGCAGAACUGUGUCGUAGGUUUCCCAGCCAAAUAAAGCAAGACACAGCUUCUAAAGACAGAAGUCAUGAGGAAGUCUUCACUCUCAGCAAUAGAAAAGUUCUGGUGGUUUCUCAAAACGUGGACGGGUUGCAUCAAAGAGCUGGUCACCCGUCAGAUUCGCUGGUCGAGCUCCACGGCAGUGUUUUCGGUCUCAAAUGCACACAAUUUUUCUGCAACUACCGUUCAUGCAAUGACAGAGACAAGUUCUUGACGCCUGCACUUCACAGGAAUACCCCCAGCAUCACACCAAAUACUGCAAAGAAACGAAGACGAAAUUCGGUGCAAGAUGCGCCAGCCGUUAAGAAAGCAAGGUUAGCAGAGCCAAACGAGUCCGGAGACAAGCACGAAACCCAAUUAGACACUUCAAUUGAGCCCAGCGCUGGAAAAAACUCACAACCGGAGGCACCAUUGCCUACUCUGGACGCCAGCGAACUACCGCGAUGCCCUGAGUGUCACGAGGGACUACUACGGCCAGCUGUGGUAUGGUUCGGUGAGUCUUUGCCGCUCCGUCAAAUGGAUGAUGUGGACCGGUUUUUCAACGUGGGCGAGCCUGUAGAUCUUGUUCUAGUCAUUGGAUCGUCUGGCAAAGUUUGGCCUGCCAUGGGGUACGUAGAACGCGCAAAGAAGUCGAAGAGUAAAGUCGCCAUAUUCAAUACAACAAUUGAGGACCUCGAAAAGGUGCGAAAGGAUAGAAACGUGUGGGGAUUUCAAGGAGAUGCGGCCGAAAUUCUGCCAAAAGCUCUAAAACCACUGAUCGGUGAACAAUACAAGCCAAGAAAUGGUAGAGUACGAAACUUGUAA